ACCACUAGCGCUGGCCAGCACCCCGCGCUCUUUGGGCGGCGCCCACGGCAGCAGAGGCUACUGUUUCAGCCUAGGUCUCAGCCGCGCGUUCAGCCUCCUGGGCAGAGGCAGCUGCGGUAUACCGCGGCCAGGGAAAGCGCGUGGAGAGCCGAAAGGUGCUGUGGGCGCAGAGGGCGGGCUGGCUGCGGGGCGGCGGAGCGCCAGGGCCAUGCCGCGCUCCUUCCUGGUGGACUCGCUAGUGCUGCGCGAGGCGGGCGAGAAGAAGGCGCCCGAGGGCAGCCCGCCGCCGCUCUUCCCCUACACUGUGCCCCCGCCGCACGCGCUGCACGGUCUCUCGCCUGGCGCCUGCCACGCGCGCAAGGCUGGACUGCUGUGCGUGUGCCCCCUCUGCGUCACCGCCUCGCAGCUGCACGGGCCCCCCGGGCCGCCCGCGCUGCCUCUGCUCAAGGCUUCCUUCCCACCCUUCGGCUCGCAGUACUGCCACGCGCCCCUGGGCCGCCAGCACUCCGCUGUAUCGCCCGGGGUCGCUCACGGCCCGGCCGCCGCUGCCGCUGCCGCCGCGCUCUACCAGACCUCCUACCCGCUGCCUGACCCCAGGCAGUUCCACUGCAUCUCUGUGGACAGCAGCUCUAACCAGCUGCCCAGCAGCAAGAGGAUGCGCACGGCUUUCACCAGCACGCAGCUGCUAGAGCUGGAGCGCGAGUUCGCCUCUAAUAUGUACCUGUCCCGCCUACGUCGCAUCGAGAUCGCGACCUACCUGAAUCUGUCCGAGAAGCAGGUGAAGAUCUGGUUUCAGAACCGCCGAGUGAAGCACAAGAAGGAGGGCAAGAGCAGCAACCAUCGUGGCGGCGGCGGCGGGGGUGCGGGUGGUGGCGGGAGCGCACCGCAAGGUUGCAAGUGCGCAUCGCUCUCCUCAGCCAAGUGCUCCGAGGAUGACGACGAAUUGCCCAUGUCUCCGUCCUCCUCAGGGAAGGACGACCGGGAUCUUACGGUCACUCCCUAGGCGCGUGUCUCCCUAGGUCGCCCACCCCAAGACCUCCCUGCGCCUCGGAGACUAGUCCUGGGACUCAGCGCUGAUUCCCAGGCACCCGCAGCCAAACCACUGCCCGGCAUGGAUUUGGCACGGCUUUGCAGAGGUCCCGGGCCUGGGCAGGGCUGAGAGCUUGGCAGAGACUGGACCAUGGCGUCCCCGCCCCAAGGCUCGCUCGCGUCCAAAGCCAACUCCAGGCUGUGAACACUGUAAGCGCUCGAGUCCUCCUGGGCAGUGCAGCACCGCGGCCCCCGCCUGCAAGCCUGCUUGGCGCAGCGCCUUACUGGCAGCCGGCGCCUCCUAGCCCGCCCUCUCUGGGCUAGUUUGGGCUUCCUCGCUUACUCUACUCUCCUCCGCUCUCGGUUAAGGUCGGCGGCCUUGGAUGCUCGUUCGUUUCUCUUUUUAAAAUGUCUUUUUGUCCCUCCCCACAUCUUUCCUGUGAUCAUUUAUUCACUCGGCCCCCGCCCGCCAACACUCACAUUUAUGAACACCCCCCCUUUUUUUUCCUUUUCCUUUUCCCUUCCCCUCCUCAGGGAGCCUCCUCCUUCAGUCAGUCCAUUUGUCCCUUGAUCUGGCCUUGCUGUCCUCAGUCCCCACGGCUCCUCUCACAGAUGAUAAAUUUCGCCCGUAGUAUCCAUAUUGGGGAAACCGAUUCGCUCUGUUUCCAACACGCUCUUCCUUCCUCUAAACAUAGGACCCCGCUCUGCGCCGCUAGCGACCCCACUAUUCCCCCUCCAGACUCUGGACCGCCCCAGCCUAGCUGUGUAAUUGUACGGCCUCUGCAAUGCCAGAAG